CCCAGGGCUGGGGGCUGGUUACCACCUCCUCCUUGUCCCCCAGGCUCUUGGAAGAGAAGAGCCUCCUGGGAGCGGGACUCAACCCCAGCAUUGUCUAGGAAGGCGGCUGAAGCCUCACUGCCCCCACCCACGCCGCCCACCCACCAGGCCGGAGCCAUGGAUAAGUUCCGCAUGCUCUUCCAGCACUUCCAGUCCAGCUCAGAGUCUGUGAUGAACGGCAUCUGCCUGCUGUUGGCCGUGGUCACUGUCAAGCUGUACUCCUCCUUCGACUUCAACUGCCCCUGCCUGGCACGCUACAACACCCUCUACGGCCUGGGCCUGCUGCUCAUGCCGCCCCUCGCCCUUUUCCUCUGCGGCCUCCUUGCCAACCGGCAGUCCACGGUGAUGGUUGAGGAGUGGCACCGGCCCGAGGGCCACCGGAGGAAGGACCCAGGCAUCAUCAGGUAUAUGUGCUUCUCUGUGCUGCAGAGAGCACUGGCUGCCCCCCUUCUCUGGAUCCUGCUGGCCCUCCUUGAUGGGAAGUGUUUCGUGUGUGCCUUCAGCAGCUCUGUGGACCCUGAGAAGUUUCUGGACUUUGCCAACAUGACCCCCAGUCAAGUUCAGCUCUUCCUGGCCAAGGUGCCCUGCAAGGAGGAUGAGCUGGUCAGGGACAGCCCUGCUCGAAAAGCAGUGUCUCGCUACCUGCGGUGUCUGUCACAGGCCAUCGGCUGGAGUAUCACCCUGCUGCUGAUCGUCGUGGCCUUCCUGGCCCGCUGCCUGAGGCCCUGCUUUGACCAGACAGUCUUCCUGCAGCGCAGAUACUGGAGCAACUACGUGGACUUGGAACAGAAGCUCUUCGACGAGACGUGCUGUGAGCACGCGCGGGACUUCGCGCACCGCUGCGUGCUGCACUUCUUCGCCAGCAUGCAGAGCGAGAUGCAGGUGCGCGGGCUGCGGCGGGACUCCGCAGGCAGGGCCGCCGAGCCCCCUAAGAUGUCAGAGCCCACCGAGGGCGUGGACGGCGGCAGUGGGAAGGCCCAUCUGCGCGCCGUCUCCAGCCGGGAGCAGGUGAACCUUCUCCUGAGCACCUGGUACUCAAGCAAACCGCCCCUCAACCUCCCGCGGUCCCCCUGGCUCGGGGAGCAUGGCCUCAGCCACCGCGCCCCAACGGCGGCCCCGGGUACCAGGCUGUCCCAGCACACUGAUGUGUAG